CUCGGUGCCGGUGGGACAGACGGAGGACACCCGGGGGAUCGAGCUCAUCUUCGGCCACUGUUCCGCUCAAGUCGUCGCAGAGCUCCGGGAAAAUGUCUGUGAUGGGUCCGCCCCGGGAAACCAGGACCUGAUGGCCGCUUUCAGAGUGUCGCCCGUCGGAUGUUGAGUUUGAAAGUUUCGCUGCGGGGAUAAGAAGAAGAAGCAGAGGGACCAGUGUCCUCUCACGUCAACUGCCCCGUCUCCCUCCUCCAUCCUCCCGCCGCUGACUGUAGCACGACCCGGGAGGAGCUGGGAGUUUGAUCCGGUUGUGUUUUUAUCACUUGCCCUUGUGUGUUGGGACUUUUCUGAGCCAUGUUGUGGAGCAGGUGCGUGGUCCUGCUGCUCUGCUGGGGGGCCGGCAGCGGCGAGCAGGCGGGCGAGCAGGCGGGUGAGAGGGACGGAGCCUCGGCCGAGCUCCGCACGGACUCACGGAGACAGCGGUCCCCUCCGCCGGUGGAGCCCCUGGACUUUGGGUUCGUGCCGUCGGCGGUGUAUGACACCCACGCUUACUACGAGCCGGGGCCCGUGGGGAUCCUCUUCCACAUGGUCCACGCAUUUCUCUACGUGGUUCAGCCGAACACCUUUCCAAAAGAUAUGAUUGUUAAAGUCAUUCAGCAAAACAUGGGGGGAAUCAAAAUACAGGAAUGGAGAAAGCCAGACAACGUCGUCCUGUUGCUACAGUGGGUGUACUACGAGGCCGGAUUCCUCAUAUGUUCCACCAUCGGUAUCUUGUUCGUGGUGCUCACCCCGAUCAUCGGCAUGUGUUUCUGUGUGUGUCGAUGCUGCGAGAACUGCGGAGGGGAGAUGCACCAGAGACAGAGGAAGAACACCGACUGUCAGAGGGGGUUCUACACCGCCUCGCUCCUCGCCUCCUCCAUCUUCAUCAUUUUGGGGGUACUUGUUGCAUAUGCUGCCAACCACAAUGUCAGCAUGCAGAUCAAGAGCACUCGCCGAUUGAUCAAUACCAACAUGAGGGACCUGAAGACAUUCGCUAAUAACACACCUGCGCAAAUCGACUACCUGACAGCUCAGUACACCACAGCAAAGAACAAAGUCCUGUCCGACCUCGACAACAUCGGGCCGCUGCUGGGCGGGAGGAUCCAGAGUCAGCUGGAGAAGGACGUGGUGCCCUCCCUGGACAGUGCCCUGCGUAUGGCCGGAGCCAUGCGGGAAACCAAGGAGGCCCUGGAGAACAUCAGCUCCUCCCUGGAGGUGCUUCAGGAGGGGACGGGGAAACUUCAGGCCAGCCUGUCGGGGGAGCGGGCCUCUCUGUCCAACACCCUGUCCGACCCCGCCUGCACCAACGGGGCCGUCUCUCACACCUGCAACACCAUCCGGUCCACGCUGACCCAGCUGGGGGUCAAUGCAAACUACAUAAGGCUUCCAGAUGUCAAUAACGCUUUGGCCAAUGUCCAAACAGUCCUGAGAGCAGAUCUCAGCAACAUUGUACAAAAGGGUUACUCAUCCUUUAACGACACACCCAGUCUGGUUAAAGAGCAAACAAAAAAUAUUGUCGCAGGAGUGAAAGGAAUGCUGGAUAAGAUCGGCACAGAGAUCAACAACUUCGCCAAGAUGUUCCCGGUGGAAGCGUCUUUGGCCAAUUUCACCACUUUCCUCACUGAAAGCCAGAAGAACAUUGAGUCCUUCUACCCACAGAUCGACCAGUACGAUUUCUACAGGUGGAUCGGCUGUGUGGCAGCGCUUUGCCUGGUCGUCUUGAUCUUGGCCUUCAACAUCCUGGGACUGCUCUGUGGCACCUGUGGCUACGAUAAGCAGGCCACGCCCACAACCAGAGGAUGCCUGUCAAACACCGGCGGCAACCUGCUAAUGGCUGGGGUGGGCUUCUCUUUCAUCUUUUCCUGGAUGCUGAUGGGCGUCGUGACCACGCUGUUUGUUGUAAGCGGCAACGUGGAGAAGCUGAUCUGUGAACCGCUGGCAAACCGACAACUGUUCCAGAUUAUAGACACACCGUACCUGGUUCAUCCUGCCAAGAAGAACUUCCUUCCUGGGAUGCUGUUUCAGAAUCCAAACAUUGACUUGACUUUGGGAAUCAUGUACAGGGAGUGCUAUGAGAACAACGGUCUGUAUCAGGCUCUGCAGCUGGAGACCAUGUUCAACAUCAACUCCUUCCUCAACAGAACUGUGUACAACAAGGACCUGGCCAAAGUGUUUGAGAAUGUCCAGGUGGACCUGCAGGACGUGGCCCUGCUGGAGCAGGCCGGCAGAGACAACCUCAUGAACUUCGCCAACUCUGGAAUCGGACAGAUCGACUAUGAGACGUACCUGUCUGAGUUAGGCAAAGGGGUUACUCUUGUGGAUCUGCUCUCCUUCGCUGCUGACCUGGAGGCUCAGGCUGACCAACUGCCCCGUGGCGCUCUGGAGAACGCGCUGAGAGGACACGCCAGCAGCAUCAGACAGAUUCACCGAGAACUGGUGGUGCCCAUGGAGCAGGCAAUGAGCACGCUGAGCCAGAGCAUCAAACUGCUGCAGAGGACGUCCAACGACCUGCCGGUGAAGGUCAACAACAUCCUGAGUGCCAUUGAUGCAGCCGAGUACCUCAUCACUCAUAACGCCUCCCAUGUGGUGAAGCAGGAAGCAAAGGGCUACAUGCAGAGCUUAGUGGGAUACUUCAAACAGUACACACAAUGGGUCAAAAACUCUUUGACUGCAGAGGUGGCUCAGUGUAAACCCAUCAGUAACAUUGUUGACAGCAUGGAGAUCGUUGGGUGCAGCUUUGUAGUCGAUUCAGUGAACACGUUCUGGUUCGGUCUGGGAGCAGCCUGCAUCUUCAUCAUUCCCAGUAUCAUCUUCUCCAUCAAACUGUCCAAGUAUUACAGAAGGAUGGACACAGAAGACGUCUUUGAAGAUAUGGGUAAUACAGGUAAUCAUGGUGGCCAAGAGUGCGAUAUCCUUGGAAACCUCUCUGUGGUCAGUAUCUCCCCCUAUAACGACACUCUGUUCCCUCGGGCCUCUGCCCCCCCGAGCUACCCUGACUGGUGACCCACAGGAACGUUCUCCCUUUUGAAAGAGUGGACAAGAGGGCUGGAACUGAGCUUCCCCUUGUGGAUCACCGGAAUUUCCAGCUUUUCUUUGACCAUGUAACACUUCCAGUGACAAAAGGGAAGAAUGAGACCAAUCAAAGAACUGUGUGGUGAGGACGCCCCCCCCCCCCCCCCCAUCAACCCUUCAAGCCCUUUGACAAGGACCUCUAACACCAGCCAACUGUAAUUUAUCUCAUACACACCAGCGUCCGUCCCACGAGCACAACAACAGUCCUUCCAGUGUUUCGUACCUAAUCCAGCGUCAGAGCAUUUUUUUCUGCGUAGUUAGUUUGAUACAUAGAGAAUGAAUUUGUUCUUACAUUGUCAGUUUUAACUCGGUGACACAUGUACAUUUUUUACACUUUCAAAACUUUUGAAAGUUUUAUAUAUUUUUGGUAAUGUUUGUUUUAUAAAAUGUAAGUAGCUUUUUUUGUUUUGGUAGGAGUAGCUCCAUUUUCUUUUCUUGUUCUUCUUCUCUGCUUUGGUGAAUGUUUGUAACGUAGCUCGCAUCGUUUCGCCUCUCCAGGUUUACACUGACCAGAUUGACUCUCAGGGAUUUUACAUUUUGAUAAAGACACGUCUUCACAUUUUUGCCAAAUGUUUGAUGAGAAAACACCACUCUUAGAUAUGUAUGUUAAAUACUACCAGCUGCCAGUUAGCUUAGCUUAGCAUGUGCGCCAAGAGUCUAUGGUCAUGCUAGCGGUCAGGCUUUAAGCUAAUGUAAAUGCUAACAAGCUCACAGCUGCUAUGUUUACCGUGUUCACCAUCUUUGUUUUACCUGUGAGCAUGCUAACAUUAGCUAUUUAGCACUCAGCAGUCAGUUGGCGUUAAAUAAAAAGUAAUUUGACCUGAUGAUGGCGCAAGAUGAAAAGUUGCGUAACCAAAGCAGCAUGAAUUUAACCUAUCCAAGAGUUAUCGAUAUAUUUUAGUCUGGACCAAAGUGGUGAGCUAACAGUCUAACGUAACAGUUAACUUGACUAAAGCGUCAAUUUGGAUCAACAGGGUUUGUUUUUGUACGUAUUAAAGAAACGAUUGAAAGUG